UUUAUCUCCUUUAGCAGCUUUCAGCAAAGAGCAGAAGGAGAAGAACCUGGAAGAGGAGUGCAGCGCCCCCCAGUCAGCCUUCCUUGGACCGACGCUGUGGGACAAGACGCUGUCCUACGAUGGAGACACCUUCCAGCUGGAGUACAUGGACCUGGAGGAGUUCCUGUCGGAGAACGGCAUCCCGUCCAGCCCGUCUCAGAACCAGCGGGACCGCCACCAAGCACACCACGCCGCGCCGUGCCAGCCGCCCAUCCUGACCCCGGCGCCCACCCCCCCAGCACGCUCGGUGAUGGACCUCAGCAGCCACGCCUCCACCUCCGUCGUCUCCCCAAACUGCCUGCAUGGCAGCCCGCCAGCAGCAGGCCUCCCAGGCUCCAGGAACACUCCUAGCCCCAUUGAUCCAGAGUCCAUCCAGGUUCCAGUCAGCUACGAACCGGACCCGGCCGACCUGGCCCUGUCCAGCGUUCCGGGUCAGGACAUCUUCGAUCCACGCAAACGCAAAUUCUCUGCAGAGGAGCUGAAGCCUCAGCCAAUGAUCAAGAAGGCCAGAAAGGUUUUCAUCCCCGAUGACCUGAAGCAGGAUGACAAAUACUGGGCUCGGCGCAGGAAGAACAACAUGGCUGCCAAGCGUUCCCGUGACGCCCGGCGGCUGAAGGAGAACCAGAUCGCCAUCAGGGCCGCCUUCCUGGAGAAGGAGAACUCUGCUCUGAGGCAGGAGGUGGCCGACCUGAGGAAGGAGCUGGGCCGAGCCAAGAACAUCGUGGCCAAGUAUGAGGCCCGGCACGGGCCGCUGUGAGGGACGCCAGCGGCGCCCCCCUCUGCAUGCAGCCCCCCAUCCAGCGGCUCCUCUCUGUGUCUUUAUGAACCUCCAGGCAGCGGCUGAUCCUGACCAGGUUGUUUGUUCCAACCAAACAGCCGAUCCUUGAUUUUCUUUAAGCGUCAGACUUUGAUGAACUGAGACUUUUCCUGCUGAGUGGAGCCUGAAGCUCCUCACACAUCUGUAAACAUCUGGACGCCCAGAAAGACAUUAAGCUCCAGAUCAGAUGCUCCACCUCCCUCCAUUCACUCCUCUUCAUCCUCAUCAUCCUCCGGCCAGCACUUUAAAGCAUUGGAUCUCUGUUACAGACGCUGCCCCCUGCAGGUGUGCUCCAGCAGCACACCUGUUUCCAUGGAUAUUUGUACCAAAUGAGCUCUGCCGCCUGCAGGUCCAACUUUCUCCUCUUUAUACCUGAAGUCCUCGACCAGAAUCAACCUGUUCGAAGUUCAGGAAACAGAAAAACUAUUUAUUUCCUGCUAGAGAUCUAUUUUUUAUCAAUUACACCCCAAAAUAAAUAGGAGCUUAGAGAUUAGCUUGAUGGUGGAGUUUGACUUUACCCACUUUAAAAUGGGAAACAUGGAACCCAGAGAAGUUCAGCACUUUCUGUCAGCCUGUGAGGGAGCCCCCUGGUGGCGAGGGACGUCAGAUCGCUCACCAACAAAGAGGCUGUGGGAGGGGCUCGAGGUUCUGCAGGGUCUCUCAGGUUCGUCUGCAGCACCGGUCAGGCUGUGAUCCUUCAAAUAUCACACUUUUCAUUCGCUAUUUAUGUCAUUUAGAAACUGUCACAGUGAACAUCAGCAAUGUCCCUUCGAUCUAGAAAACUUGCAGAUUUUUAUGAGGAACCUGAAGUUGCAGCAGGAUAGUUUAGGAACAGGAAACUGCUGAAAUAAUCCUCCACAGGUUUUGCUCCCAUUUUCAGAACAGGAAACAAAAAGAGUUUUUAUCAUCACUGAUUUUCAACCAGAAUAUUUACAGCUCCUUAUUUAUCUUUAUGCUACGUUCAGACCGAAGCAGCAGGAGCAGCAGAAACCCGCGUGCUGCUUCAUUUCUGAUGCUGUCCAAGU